AUAUGGGGACAAAGUAGGCAACAAGAUUUGCUACAAGGAUUGGUUCCUGGGUUAGUGUUUCUGUGGUGUGGUGUGUAGUUGCUGGUGAGUAUUUGCUUCAGGUUGGGGGGCUGUCUGUAAGUGAGGACUGGCCUGUCUCCCAAGGUCUGGGAACCCUUCCCCCUUAGGGUUCCCAAUUGUGAUCCCUCCCCUGCUCCUCGGGUUCCUGGCCUUUGAUGUACAAGGUUUCCCAGACACUGAUCUCUGUCCCCUUCCCAUCCCUGUGAGACAGGGUUCUUUCUCAGCAAGAAGGCUCAGCUUCAAGGGACAGACUAAGUCAAGAGUAGACAAGGAAACUGAGGCACGCUGAAGGAAAAGGACUUGUCCAGCCACAUACAGUGAGUCAGUGGAGCUGGGAUUAGACCCCCAGAAUCCUGCCUCCACUCCCUUGCUUUAACCACUAGAUUCCACUCCUGCCAGAGUAGGGGAUAGAAUGCUGGUGGUAAAGUGGUGUCCUGACACCCAGCCCUACAGCUUUAACCAUUAGACACCCCCAUGAGCCUAUUCUCUUCAAGCCAAGUUACACACACACCCCAUAGGGAACCACCCAAUCCAAAAUCGCUCUCUUACAUUCUCUUUAUCCCCAGUUGGAAACUCUUCCAUUCUCAUCUCAUCCCCAAACUUCCUAUGGAGUGGUAACCCCUUGUUGUCCUAUCCUCUGCCAUCUAGGGUCUUGUAGCAGGUUCAGACCCCUCACCCCUUUGGGCACUGCUCUCUCCAUAGCCCCUAAUUUUCCAUAAUCCCCCUCCCCCCAACUCUGCAACAAGCAGGAUCCUCUCCACGUCUCCAGGCCGUUAAUUCAUGAUAACACGCAGUAAUUAACUGUCUCCACCUUAAAUCAGGCGAGGGGCGGGUCUCGGAGGCGGAGUUGGAGUCCGAUCGGGAUAUAUCAGUGCCGGCUAAGGCGGAACGCCUGUCUCAUAGUCAGAGGAGUCAAUCAGGUGCGUUAGGGCCUAGCGAUACCUGGUGGCAUCUGGCCAGGCAUCAUGAGCCAGGACACAGAGGUGGACAUGAAGGAGGUGGAAUUGAACGAAAUGGAGCCAGAGAAGCAGCCCAUGACGGGCUCUCCCUCCUCCCCGGCCUCGGGCACCCUGGGCGAGAAGAACGGGAUGGUGAAGGUGCCCAAGGAGGAUGGCGAGGUGGAUGCUGGCACCAAGUUCACGGGGCUCUCCAAGGAGGAGCUGCUGCAGGUAGCGGGCACUCCAGGGUGGGUGCGCACCCGCUGGGCCCUGCUCAUCCUCUUCUGGCUGGGUUGGCUGGGCAUGCUGGCGGGGGCCAUCAUCAUCAUCGUCCAGGCUCCCCGCUGCAAGGAGCUGCCUCCCCAGGAGUGGUGGCACAAGGGGGGCAUUUACCGCAUCCAGGCACUGGAGGCCUUCCAGGACUCGAAUGGCGAUGGAGUUGGGGACUUAGCAGGGGUGGAGCAGCGCAUGGAUUACCUGAGCUCCCUGAAGGUGAAGGGGCUGGUAAUUGGGCCCAUACAUGUUAACACCCCUGACAACCUGACUAGCACGGACCUGCUGACAGUGGACCCCCAGCUCGGCACCAAGGGGACUGUUGCCAAGCUGCUGGAGGCCGCCAAGAAGAAGAGUCUCAAGGUCAUCCUGGACCUGACCCCCAAUUACCGUGGCCAGAUGUCCUGGUUCAGCCUGGAGACCCCCCACAACAGUGAUUUCCAGUCUAAAAUGAAGGCAGCACUGAAGUUCUGGCUGGAGCUUGGCGUGGCAGGGAUACAAAUGGAGGGAGUGGAGCAGCUCAGCGACUCUCCACUUCUGGUGGAGUGGAAGAACCUCACCAGCCAGUACAGUUCUGAUGGCAAUGCCAGGGUGCUGAUUGCUUGGACGGGCCAGCAGGAUUCCCGGCAGAUUUUCUUCCCGCUGAACGAGACCAGUGCUGACCUUCUGGUCAGCCCAUAUCGGCUGGGGCUGGAGUUGGAGCCCACUGGGGAGAAGGUGGAAAACGCGAUCAGAGCGUACAUCCAGGCUGCUGGAGAGAAGUGGCCCAGCUGGAGUGUGGGGGGCCCACGGACGGGGCACAUGGCCUCUCUUGUGAAGGAGCGGUUGCUGCGGCUCUAUCACAUGCUACUUUUCACGCUGCCAGGGACACCGUUCACCAAUUAUGGGGAUGAAAUCGGGCUGCAGGAGCUGCCCGGACAGUCCGGCGUAUCCCGCAUGCAGUGGAAUAAUUCGGCCAACUUUGGCUUCUCCUCAAAGUUGUCCCCUCAAGAUGGGGACAGGAGCGGCAGCAACAUCACUGUGGAGGCACAGAGUGGGGACAGCUCCUCACUGCUCUCCCUGUUCCGGCACCUGAGCGAACUGCGGGUCAAGGAGCGCUCACUGCUGCAUGGGGAGUUCAUGAUGCUGCCCAGGCUGGUGCCAGAUGUCUGUGUCUACCUGCGCAGCUGGGACCAGAACAAACGCUUCCUGGUGGUCCUCAACUUUGCUGGCACCCGCAGCACUGUCACCAUCUCCCACUCUCUCCUGCCUCCUGAGGCCACUGUGGAACUCAGCACUGACCCCCAGCGCCAGAAGGGGCAGCUGGCCCUGAAGGACCUGACAUUGGAGUCCUCCGAGGGGUUGCUGCUGCAUUUUCCCUAUGUAGCCUAGGGGAGGGGGUCGCCCCUGCAGGCCAGGGCCUCCCAUGUUCCAGGGAGGGGUAUUGCUCAUGUGAGUCCUACUAACACCCCCAGGGGCAGCACUGAGGCCUGGGGCAGGAGGGGGGGAGCUGGAGCCAUAAGGUAAAGAAGGCCCCUAGGUUCUGCUCUGCUAAGUCCUAGAUGUCUGUCCUGAUACACCCCACAGGGCUGGCUGGGGAGGGGGCUGGUGCUCAGUGUGCCCCAAUUCCUGCUAGCCUCACUUUGGCACCAUCCUCAAGGAUGCUAUGAGAAAUCUGAGCUGGGGUGAGGACUGGGCUCUAUGGCAUGUUUCCCCAUGGUGGGGGAGCAACUAGAUUUAGGGACCAAAGGGUUCAGGCCCCACUGGCUGCAGCUUCACCCUUCCACAAAGUCAUUCCAGCUCCUGAGGAGCUGGCCCUGCCCUGCUGUCAUCCCCCUUCCCCCUUUGGGUGUCCCGUAUGAUGGGAUAGGUGGGGAUGACUGAGCAGGACCAAGGGUUGGUUGGUCUGUCUGUGUGUCUCUCUCUCCCUCCUCUCCCCCCUCCCCCACAUUGUAGGGGCCAGUGCUGUGUGUAAAAUGGGACAGAUGUUUGGGUGGGGGAUGGAUGGCUUUGUGCUGGGCUCCUCCUGAGUGCUGCUGGGAUCAGCAUGGAAAUAAUAAAAGGCUCUGCUUAGUGA